AUGGAUUCGCCCACGCGAAAGCCGGCAGCCGCCCAAGUGGCGCUCCCCGCUCCAUCGUCAACAACGACAACAACAACAUCGUCAGCAUCGUCGACAUCAUCAACAUCAGCAUCAGCCUCGUCGACAUCGCUGGCGUCCCCGCUGAAGCGUCCAGCUCCAUCUCUGCUGCCGCCCUUUGAGCCCUCAUCCUCGCCUGGCCUGCCCCGGCCUGCCAAACGCCAGAAUGUCGGCUCGGCUCCCCAUCUGCGCUAUCCCACGCCCAACAUCCCAACCUCCAGCACCGGCAUCCUGUCCAGCUCGCCUCUCCGGGAAAAGCUGAGCCGAGGCGCCUCCGAGCGGACGCCCCUCUCAGCCGUGCCGUCCAUUGAGCUCAACGAGAAUGGCGAGAUGCUGCUGAUGGGCCGGUCCUCCAACUCGUCUCACUUCCAGCUUUCUGCCAACCGUCUCAUCUCACGCGUGCAUGUCAAGGCCCGAUAUGUGCAGGCGGCCACUCCCCUGGAGGCUAACAAAAUCGAGAUUACCUGCAAUGGCUGGAACGGCCUGAAGCUGCACUGCCAGGGCCGGACGUGGGAGCUGCUAAAGGGCGACAGCUUCACUAGCGAGACGGAGGGAACUGAAAUCAUGGUUGAUGUUCACGAUGCCCGCGUCCUGAUCCAGUGGCCCAAGCGCAGCUCCUCGGUGGUGGACGCCAAUGGUCUCCUGUCGGAUGCCAGCUGGGAAGACUCGCCGCCGCGCUCGCAGACGAGGGCCUCGGCCAUGCUGCAGGCUUCCCCUCUGCGGCGACCUGCGCGAAUCCAGUCCCCUGAUAGCCCCACUCCGGCACCUCGACGACGGUCUGUGGUAGCAGCAGACGAAGAGACGGGCAUCCAGAUCUACGAGGACGACGACGAAAACCUGCCCGACUCUGAUGGCCAAGAGGACCCUGAUGUCUCCAUUAGCAUGCGGACCGAGGCUACGGCCAGCUUCUCCAGCGAUUUUGAACCUGAUGAGGAGGAGGACGACGAGAGUGAUCCGGACGAGGAAAACGAUCCAAUCAUCCACUCCUUUGGCCCGUAUGGCGCCAACAUCUCGACCCGCAUGGCGUCCAUCUCGACGAAAUCGCCUCGCGUGACUUCUUCCAAGCGGGCCUUGAAGAAGGGCUCGACCGAGACUCUGGUGCCUAGGAAAACGACCCGGGAUUUGGACAGUGCCGAGACCAGCCCGCGCAAAAGGGCAAAGAAGGAAGCAUCUCGCGAGCAAACCCCAACUCCCAAUGGACGACGAGAGAAGGAAGAGGAGGAAGAAGAGAAAGAAGUCAAGAGAGAGCAGGAGGAAGAAGAAGAAGAAGAGGGAGAGGAAGAGGAAGAGAAGCCCCCCAAGAUUCUCUCGGAAGCCGAUGCCGCCAUCUCUAACCAUGUCGUCAACCAGCUCGCCUACUCUCGCUUGUCUUCCACGCCGCUGUCCACCAUCAUGCACAACCUGCCUGCCGAGCAGACCAAGGACCUCUCCCGGGACGCUCUGAGGGUGCUCAUCGAGACCACUGCUUGCAUUGGCAUCAUCGAGCGCCAGGGCAAGGACGCUGCCGGCAAGGCUCUGGAGAGCGAGUAUUACUACAUCCCCGAGGCCGACACCGAUGCUCAGCGACGGGCGGCGGUUGUGGAUGGACUGCGGAAGCCCAGCUUGCGGGCGUGCCGAAAGCAGCACAAGCAAUACUACUGGAAGCGCCCUAAGACGCCUUGA